GCCGUUGUCGUGGCGACACUUCCGCCCAUCAGAGCCCCGUUGCUAGGUGACAGACUGUGAGGGCAACAGUAGCCGGUGUUACCUGUUAGCUUAGCGGUGUUACCUGUUAGCUUAGCGGUGCUACAAUGAGCGGACAGACAGACACUCGGGAAAAUGAAAUUGGAAAAUGUUUGUCGCACGUGCGGGAGGAGGAGGAGGAGGAGCAGACCGGUGCAGCUCUUGACAACGAGGACGCAGAGUCUCAAAUCCGGAGACAUGGACACAGUGGGAUUCUCACAAUGGAUCAGGAAGCUAAAAUGGAGUCUCUCACCACAGUGAGAGCAACGUACGUCCCUCCGAAGAGUCAAGACGUGAGACUUAAAGGCAUCAGAGGCGAGCUCAUGGAAAAACACUUGGCCCAGAUGAUAAGCGAAAAGAUUCGUGCUGAACUGAACCCACCGACUCCCAAAACAGACUUCUGCUCCACGACCCAGAGGGAUUUCAGUGUUGAGGGAUUUGUUCCUCUUACGCCUGAAACAACACAAGUUCAAGAUUAUAAAACGGACCAGGCGAUUUCAUUCUGGAGUGAAAACCACCAGCGGAUACAGGGUGUGACCGCUGUACAGACCCCGAAAGCACCCUUCAGGAAGUCAGCGUUUUUCAGCACACCUGUCGGCGAGCGGCUGGAUGAAAUAGAGCCCCCACCUGACAACUGAGAUAGUACGUCACAUUACAUCACUCCAUUGCCAGUUAAUAAUAAGGUGGAAAUCCGCUUUAAAGGUUAAUGAUGUGCUCGGUGAUUAGCUGCCUUUGUCAAACUUGAAACAAGCACACGAGCCUGAAAUAUCUACAGCACAUAUAUCUAAUACCUAUACAUGUUAAAAUCAGUGACCCUGGAUAUAUGCAUGAAUCAAUAUUAGCUGAUGACACGUUGACAAACCACAGACAGAAGAACACUGACACGUGGACUUUAAACCUGCAAAACAAACAGUCUCUGAUACUUUAAUUCAAAACACAGCAAGUUUGUGUUGUGUGGAUUCGUUGAGAAACGUCCCCCUCCAUGUUUGCUUUUGUAGAAAUAAUAAUUUACUUCAUCAGUUU